GUACGCGGAAAUGUUGAGUCAUGCUCUCGUGCAAAGGGACUCAAACUGUGACUUGGACUCAUAUGCCUGGUGUCGCACUACAGACUUUACGGGAAAUUUUUUGAUAGGCCAGGCGUUUGCUUACAUGGUGGAAAUCAACAGUCGUGACGAGAGGCAGGAAGCUAGACUCAUAGAGAUUCUAAAUUUCAGGGAUAAUCUAGAGCAUGGAGGAACCUUUCUAGUAGAAAGAGGAAUCCCAUAUGCCAUUUCACAGGAAGUUGUUCCUAUAUUACGAUUAGAAAAACUUCAGAAAUAUCCAGUUCCUCUAGAUUUGAUUUUCAAGCUCAACUAUCUCAUACAACAUGGGAAGCUCAACGCUACAAAUUUUGACGACGAAUGUGCGAAGCUCGUGAUCAGAGGCGCCGAGGGCCACGUAAGAACAGCCCUGGAAACUAUCUCGGAGCUUCCUCCUCAGCAUGAUAUCCUUAACUCCAGAACACUCUUGAUUUCAGCUUUGGAGGAUGCCAAACUACAGUUUCCGAAUCCACCAGAUUUAAUAGCACCAAGUCAAGGCAGAGCGUGGAUCUAUCGCCUCCUGAUUACUCCCACCAAAGCUUAUUGUAUGGAACCAGAGGUUGAAUCGUGUAACAGAAUGAUAAGGCUUUAUGAGAAACAUGCGGAGAACUUUCUCAGGGUAAAUUUUGUUGAUGAGGAUCUAUGCCCUCUGAAUGGUACUUCACUAGUUUCAGCAGUAAACACAAGUUACAGCCCGUUGUAUAGAAGGAUCAGGAAAGUAUUAAAAGAGGGAUUCAGUAUUGGAAAUAAGCGCUAUGAAUUCCUGGCGUUUUCUGCAAGUCAACUGAGGGAGGGCCAGAUUUGGAUGUUUGCAGAAGUGAUGAUGAAUGGAAAACCCCACAUUACGGCGGACACUCUACGAGCUGAUAUGGGAGAUUUUUCGCAGAUUCGCAACGUGGCAAAAUGUGCAGCUCGUAUGGGUCAAUGUUUCUCUUCGUCCAGAAAAUCGUUGUCAGUGCUCCCGCUACAGUUGAAGAAGAUUCAAGAUAUCUUUGUCACCACAGAUGACGUCAAAUAUUGCUUCUCAGAUGGAAUUGGGAAGAUUUCUGCAGAUUUCGCUCGCAAAGUCGCAGCUACGUGCGGAUGUGGACCUGGAAAAGUACCCUCAGCUUUUCAGAUUCGUUAUGGAGGAUACAAGGGAGUGGUGGCAAUCGACCCAGAUGCAUCCAAUUCGUUCAAGUUGUACCUGAGACCCAGUAUGAGGAAGUUCGAUUCCGCUCACUUUGGUGUGGAGGUUCUGGAAUGGACUCACGUUAUGCCUUGCUAUUUGAAUCGCCAGGCUAUCAGCCUGUUGUCUACCCUCGGUGUCGAGGAUAGGGUCUUUAUGAAUCUGCAGGAUCAGAUAGUUCUGAAGUGGUGCAAAGCUGUAAAUGAUGAAACCCUUGCGACGAAACUACUUAUGGAAACCGCAUCAAAUUCAAUGGCUCUAAAACUGCUGAGCAGUGGAUUUACAUACGAAUCUGAGCUCCUCCUACGAAGACUGAUGCUAGCCUACAUGCACGCUCAAUUCAAUGAUAUCAGAACCAGAGCGAGGAUCUUUGUCCCUGAAGGAAGAAUGCUAAUCGGCUGUCUUGAUGAAACAGGCAUUCUGGAAUAUGGACAAGCUUUUGUAAAGAUUUCUUCUAAUGCUGAGGAGAUAAAGUCUAAAACAGUAAGCACUGUCAGAGUAAUCCAAGAAGAGAUCAUUGUUCUGAAAAAUCCUUGUCUACAUCCGGGUGAUGUAAGGGUCCUGCAAUGUGUGAAUGUGCCUCAACUACAACACAUGGUAGACUGCAUCGUCUUCCCUCGUCGUGGACAAAGGCCGCAUCCAAACGAAUGCUCGGGGAGUGAUCUGGAUGGUGACAUGUAUCUGGUGAGUUGGGACCAAUCUUUGCUGCCACCCGAAGUAGACGCUCCAAUGAACUAUGAAUCACCGCCAGCUGUGAUAUUGAAUCGCCGAGUGACAAUUGAGGACAUCCAGAAGUUCUUUGUGGAUUACUUGGUGAAUGAUAAUCUGGGAUACAUUUCGAAUGCACAUGUCGUUCAUUGCGACAGGGAGCCUGAAAAAGCUCGGAGUCCGAAAUGUCUGGAGCUAGCACAGCUUGCCUCCAUUGCCGUGGACUUCCCCAAGACAGGCGUUCCGGCGAUAAUACCGUAUUAUCUCCGGCCUAAGGAGUACCCAGAUUUUAUGGAGAAAGAGCAUAAGGCAACAUAUGUCUCGCAAGGUGUACUGGGGAAGUUGUAUCGUGCUACAAAUGACUUCCCUAAACCUGCAGAAGAAAACUUUCUUGAAUCUACGCGACUAACUGAGAAUUCUGAACCUUUAAGAUUUUGUGAUCCAGAUUUAGUGAUCAGAGAGCAUGGACCCUUCGUUGAGCAGGCCCUGAAUUUGAAGUAUAGGUACGACGCGAAGCUGAUGAAACUAAUGAAUCAGUAUGGUAUCAAAGAUGAAAUGGAAAUUUUAGGAGGUCACAUUGUCUCCCUAUCUACUGUCUACAAGCGGCGCCAGAAGGAAACUACACAGAAGAUUUUACUGGCCUUUGAAAGGCUGCAAAAGGAGGCUAGGUUUUGGUUUCAUCAGUUCAAAGAGUGGAAGAAAUUGGGACUCGACAAGUCUGUUUGGGUUUCUGCCUGGUACGUGGCCACUUAUCAUAGCGAUUAUUAUGGCCGGCAUAAGUUGCAGUAUUCAGAAGUGACGAAUUUAAAGGUUUACUUGAUUAGUUUCCCAUGGACUCUCUCCGACAUGCUAUGUAGACUUAAGUCGAAGGGAUGUAUCAUGGUUAAGCCGUACGAAGGCUCCAAUCAUUUUUCUAAACAUUCUGAUCCUGCUCUAGCAACUGAUUUAGGAGCUAUAUCGGAUGAUUGUGCAUCUGAAAAUUUGGACAGAGCUCGCAGGCUUACUUCUUCUAUGAAUUGUCGGAAGAGGAAAGCCAAUGAUCGAGAAGAACUUGUGCUGUCUACUGCACAUUUCCAGAAUUCGGAGAUUGCUGAAAAACGACUAUUCGGCGAAAUGGGUGGGGAUGUAGGUGUUGAGAUAGAGAUAAACUGAUUUAGUAUACACAUGCGCAGUGUAUACAUAAAGUGGCUUAGCGCAGAUGGAAGUAUCUACUUGUAGAACUAAUCUUCACUACCUGCUGGACGAUUUUUGUAGAUGUUUUCGACGCCUUCUUGAACACAUAAUGUUCCGAAUCAUUUUAUCACUUUCCUUGUGGAU